AUGGGAAACAAUAUACAAAAGUUUUAAGACAUUAAUUUAAUGUAAGGUUAUAUUAUCAUUAAAUUAUUUAGGCUGGAUUGCAAGUCAAAAUUAUAAUGGAAACAUUUUUGUCAAAAAAGUAUCUAUAUGGAGCGACAAGUAAUUAAUAAUGAAUCAUAAUUCAGAAUCAUUAAUGUUAAUAUUGUUUUCAUAUUAUACAAUUUCAUUAUAUUAAAGAGCAGUUGGGGAUUUAGAGAUUUUACUUUGUCAAUUUUAAGAUGUCCUUAGAGUUGCUAUGAUUUUCAUAAUUGUUAUUAUUGGAGAAGUUUUAUCUCAUCGUGGCAUGAAUCAAUGGGUGGGUGAAAAUGAUAACACCUAACCUGCAAUAUAUAUAUGUGUGAGUUUUGAUCUUGUUGGAGGAUUACCGAAUUUAGCACCAGCUGAUAAAUUGGAAAAAACUAUAGAAAAUUUAACUCCUCAAAAUAAAAUUUAAGUAAACUUAUAAAUUUGGAAAAUUGAUUCAUAGAAUAAUGAAAACUUUUAGUUACUGGUAGAUGAUUAAAUUAAAACAUAUGCUAUUUUCUGA